AUGGCGCCGCUUGAAUUGGAGCUGAUGCAUCACAUGAAAAACAUUAUUGGAGUCCAUCCAAGUCUAUAUGAAUACGUCUUGAUGGUUGACGCAGAUACGGAAGUGCUUCCAGAUAGUUUGAACUUGCUGGUUUCUUCCAUGAUUGUAGAUGCACGAGUCAUGGGUAUAUGUGGCGAAACGCAAUUAGCAAAUGAGCAAGAAUCAUGGGUUACCAUGAUCCAGGUUUACGAGUACUAUAUAUCUCACCAUCUUGCAAAAGCGUUUGAAUCUUUGUUUGGAACUGUAACCUGUCUUCCAGGAUGUUUCUGCAUGUACCGUAUUCGAUCCAAUUCGGCAAGUCGUCAGAUUCCCUUGCUGGUAUCUCCGCAAGUUAUCAAUGACUACUCGGAAAACAACGUCGACACAUUACACAUGAAAAACCUUCUUGAGCUUGGCGAAGAUCGAUAUUUGACCACAAUAAUGCUAAAACAUUUCCCAACACUCAAAACUAAAUUUGCUAGCGGGGCAUUGUGUCGUACUGGUGCACCAGAGAAAUGGUCCGUGUUUUUAUCACAACGUCGUCGCUGGAUCAAUUCCACAGUCCAUAAUCUGUUUGAACUGGUGUUUUUGUCAGAUAUGUGUGGAGUGUGCUGCUUUUCAAUGAGAUUUGUAGUUUUUUUGGAUCUAUUUGCUACAUUUUUACAACCAUCGGCUCUUAUAUACAUUGUGUAUCUGAUUUAUGCUGCGUGUACAAAUACCAGUGGUAGUUUUCCGACCAUCUCGUUGAUUAUGCUGGCUACUAUAUACGGUCUACAAAUGAUCAUCUUUAUUUUAAAGCGUGAAUGGCAGCAUGUAGGCUGGAUGAUUAUUUAUCUUUUGGCUAUGCCAGUAUUUGGAUUUUACGUUCCUCUCUAUGCAUUCUGGCAUUUUGAUGAUUUUUCGUGGGGAAACACUCGCAUGGUUGUUGGCGACAAUGGAAAAAGUACCGCAUAUGCUGCAGAUGCAGGAGAGACAUUUGAUCCAUCAUUGAUUCCACUACAACGAUGGGAUGAAGUAAAAGAAAAGUCUGACGAAAGCCAAAAUGUUCGAUCCAAGAGUGUUGCGAGUUAUUCUGAUAAAUCGUCUUUGCACUAUGCUGGAAUUCAACGUCCUCCACCUACAGUUAAUUACGAGUCAAACAUUUACGAUUCGACUGUUUCUCAACAUUCGAUGAAUGCAAAUGGUAUGAAUGUUUUACCUGAAGCGGCAAGUAUGAAGAGAGCCCCUAUUGCUAUGCAGCAGAUGUAUAGCAAUCCAUCGCAACCUUAUGGACAACGUCACAAUAGCAAAACCAGUAGUCAAGGAAGUGGUGGUAGUCAUGAAGGUAAUUCGAAGCAUCCCAUCACUCAACCUGCUGCGUAUUACAAUCCUUUACAGGCUUCCGCGCCAUUAGUCUUUUCCAACAUUUGGUACAACCCGGUGAAACCGUAUGCACCAGCAGCAUCUAGUGGAAUUACUCACGACACUCCAGUAAAUCAUAAUUUUGGUGGAAACGCUACUUCCAACGUUAUUUACCCACCCCAGCAUCAUCCAUAACAGUUUUAAUUAAUGCGAUCUGGACACAAUCAAACUAUUGGUCUAUGCCAAUCACAAAAAAAUAACUGUACCUGCAGUGCAACAAUUUACUAUCAUUUCAAUUUCCAAAGCAUCAUGUUUGAAAAUACGCUGCAGUUGAAUUAGGGUUGAACAAAACUUGAUUGACAACUGGUUAUGCUUCAUUUAUGCACGAGUCGUGACAGUCAAAACCGAGUUACCCUUUUGUUAGCUGUAUAUUAUAGCCGUAUUUGCAUAAAAUGAAACACUAAAUAAAGUGCCAAAAUACAUAAUAAACAGUUUUGUGGAAUGAUAAAAUCAUU